CUGCGUGGGAUUCCGCACAAGGCAGAUAGCUGAGUACACUGGGGCGCAGAGAGCAGUAGAUGAUGCCGAAAAUAGAAUCAGCCAUCACGACAGUGGGAUUGGGUAUUAUCUUCAAAUAUGUGACGUCUCCGCGACGUGCGGUCGCGCUGCUUAGGUGUGGUUUUGCGCUCCCUUCCCUCUAUCUAGUCGCAGCUUCAGUCUGCUAUCUCUACUUACACGACUUCGAGGAUGGUGUGAAAUCGACAGAUUCCUGGAGCAGAGAGCGAUGGACCCAGACAAGCCAGCGCUUGCGCCGCCGCCUGGCGUCCAGUCUAACUUCGACAACCCUCCGAACGGCAACGUCGAGGCGCAUAUUGGAAUUGCAAUAUGCAUCUUUAUAGUGUUUGUCGGGGCUUCGCUCCGUGCAUACUCUAAGAUUGUAUGCAUGAAGCAGGUCAAGUUGGAAGACUAUGUCGGUCUCGUGGCGCUAGCACCGUACAUUGCGUUUGUAUAUGGCGUAUAUAACCUCAUGAGGACGGUUGGGAUAUACGUCCAUCAGUGGGAUGUACGAGCUAGCGAGAUACCCUCGGCGUUAUAUAUUGUAUACGUCAACACCUCCCUUUUCCAGGCCACGAUGGGUACCAUAAAGGCCGCGAUUCUACUCGAAUGGAUACAGCUUUUCGUUCCGCGUGGCACUAGAACUCCGUUUUGGUGGACGUGUCAGAUUGUCAUGUGGGUGAACAUACUAUACUACAUCUCAAUCGUCACCGCAUCCGCUUUGUCGUGUUUCCCACACGAAAAGAUAUGGCACCCAACCAUGCCCGGAAGAUGUUUCAACACCAAGGCCCUGUUCGUCAUCAACGCCACGUUGAAUCUGGUCUCGGAUAUCAUCAUCCUGAUCCUCCCCCAGAGGAUAAUAUGGGGACUCAAGAUGUCAACACAGAAGAAAAUAGGGGUAUCCCUUGUGUUCGCUGUCGGAGUGAUUGCUACUCUAGUGGGAGGUGCGCGUCUUUCCCGAGCUGUUAUAUAUUACUUGUCGAAUGACAACCUCUACAAUGUGUCAGCGGUAUUUCUGUGGUGUACGGCCGAGUUAAGCACGUCGUUCCUUGUCUUCUGUCUACCAGCUAUACCCAAGAUCUUCUCGAGCGACAAUUGGUUUACGCAACUCGCAUCACGUCUUCAUUCUCGAUUGAGCUUCUUGAAGACACGCACAACCGACACGUCGGGUACCAAUCCAAAGGCAUCUACAUGGAAGUCAUCGACGUUCAGUGGCGUCUCAACGUCGGAGACUAGAUGGGAUCAACAGCCUCAGUUGUCUUAUGAACAACAUGGGUUUGUAUCAUAUUACGCAGCGACAGACCCAUUCACACCGAAUGCAAUCAAGAGCUAUGUUCACUACGAUACGAACCCCCAGGCGUCUUGGCCUUCUGUACCAAACGCAGCGUUGAGUCGCCGCGAUCCGUCGACGAGUUGGUAUGAAGAAGAGCGAUAGUUUCGCAAAAUUGAUCAUGCCUAGCUUAGUUGCAUCCCAAUAUAAUAUUAGAUCGAUUGCGCUAGAAUUACCGUACUUUCAGUGCAAGGCGCAAAAUGCGUGAAUAGCCAAUAUAAUGAGGAUCCUAAGCUGAGAUAAGCAACUAGCUCCCUUGGGAUCACGAUUACCUGGGAGCAUAUCCAAAGCUCAGGCCCUUACUCUACACAACCACCAGAUCCUGUAAUCUAUUUUCAUCUGUGUCCGUCACUGAUAAGGUUUAUACACAAUACUAGACACGUAGAAAGAGGCAGCUAAAAUUUAGAACUUGU